CUCAUUUUCUCGCUCCCCUCCUGUGUCUCUUUCACACGCAGUUGCCCCCACAACCUCCACCGUACGCUCCGAAUUCUUCAAGCCCUGCCAAGACAGUCAAGAGAUGGCCUUCUGCCUGAAUGAGGGAGAGUGCUUCAUCAUCGAAACAGUGGCAGGCGUGCACAGACAUUGCAGGUGUAAAGAGGGCUAUCGAGGACUUCGUUGUGACCAGUUUGUCCCAAAGACGGACUCCAUCUUAUCCGACCCAACAGCAGAUGAGCUGGGCAUCGAGUUUAUGGAGAGUGGAGAGACCUAUCAAAGACAGAUUCUGUCCAUCUUCAGCAUAGCCAUGGGGAUCAGCUUGCUGGGAGUGGCUUGCAUGGCUCUUUACUGCAAAAACAAGAGGCAAAGAGAGAAGCAUCGGGCACAUCUGACCGAAAUCCGCAACCUGAGGGACUGUACCGUCAACGCCUCAGAUCUCAUGUCUAAAUCCAGCCACAGAACCGAGAGAACCUUACAGCUUCAAAAGUGCAGAAGAACCCAGGGUUCCUCUUCUCCACAGGCGGCCGGCGUGGUGCUCAGCAGCUCUAAAGUCUCCCCACCAAAUCAUAAUUGCAGCCUCUCCGCGGGGAAGCGCUGCAGAAGCUGCUCUCUGUCAUCAAGCCCCGCCCCAAAACAUAAGCCAACCAAUUACCGAGUUGUCUCAAGGUGGACGCCGCCCAUCUCUAGAGCAGGCCAUCAUCUUAGUGGAGGAUCUAGAGAUUCUCUUCAUUCCUACAAACAUCUCCAAGAGGUAGAAGACAAAGAGAUCAUGCCAGAAUCUUUAAGGUUCCAGUCAAACUUGAAAACUAAUCAACAAAGCGGUUUAAAUAUGAAUAUGCAAAUCGUUGUCUCCGCCCAUUCCGGAGAAAAGAUGGAUGGCACCGACGUUCCAUGCACUCGUCUCGACCAGGGAACGGCCUUUCUUUCUCCUUCAUACCGAGCUCACUCUGUACCCAUAAUCCCAUCUGUUCAGGGACCUGAUUAUGGGGAGGGGCCUGGAGAAGAAGGCGGGAUCGACGGUGGUGGAAUUUCUUCCAGCUACAACGUAAUUAAUCCUGAGACUGAGGCGGAGUCGGUGGCAAAUUUCAGCCAAUCACUUGCCACCUCCUCCGUGAUGGUACAGGAGCCACAGACACUUAGUUGCUCAGAGUCUUUACUGAUGUCAGGGGGCCAAAUCAAACACAAAAGCCUUGUUACCUACACGACAGCCUUGGGAUCAGGCACGGGCCCCGGGAGAGCAAAAACUGUCAUUUCUAUGACUGUACUGGGAUCAGGGGUGAAAACCACACAGUAUACCGCCAGUCUUCUGUCUGGAGGACAGGGGAAUCGACACGUUCGGUCCGCUUUUGGAGAAACUUCAGGACAGGAGCAGGGUGAUGGUUUACAAACUCCAGAUGUGGAGGGUUUAUUUUCUGGUGGGUUUGGAGGUGUGGCCUGCCACACGUAUCCCAAGAGCUGAUUGGAUGAAUGCAAAUAUCGUUUCGGAAACGUCACGUUGUUGGUGUUGAUAGGGAUGGGACCCCAUUUGUGUUGACCAACCAUCAAAAGACUUCAUUUUGGAACUAUUUUACUGCAUUGCGAACUACAGAGACAACUACGGACAACAAAAAUUUAAAGGACCGAAUUACUGACGACACGAUGUGAAUAGAAAUGCGAGAAAGGUGACUAUGGCUGAGAUGCUGAUUUAAAAAAGGUACUGAAAAAGAUUUAUAUGCCACUAUUUAACAAAAGCUUCAAUUUAGAAACCAAAUAGUGUGUCAUCUCAAUGUUGUUUCUCUACUGUAAAAAAGAAAAAUAUAAUAGAUGUCAAAAUUAUAUGUGUGUCAUAUAUGACAUACCGAGUGACGAAAAUAAAGAUGCAAAACAUGGUAAUGCAGGAGCUUUUGUCCAAUAAUUUUGCUGUUCUAUAAGCUCAAUCCAGCUCUGUCUUUUGUCUGUUUUGCUUGAGGUCUUGAGAAAAAAAAACAGCAGUUUCUCAAUAAAAUCUGAAUGUCACCCUACAUCAUUUGAUUAGAGAGUCC